CCCAAAUUCCCUCCAAAACCAAAUUGAAUUACAAAUCCCCAAAUUUUCUCCAAAUCACUUUACAGUAAUGACUUCCAAAUCUCAAAUUCACCCAUUGAAACCUCCAAAACAACCACCAAAAAACCCUAAAAAGCAAUGGUCACUCAACGAUUUCCAAAUCGGAAAACCACUCGGAAAAGGUAAAUUUGGCCGUGUUUACCUCGCCCGUGAAGUUAAGAGUGGAUUUAUAGUGGCGUUGAAGGUCAUAUUCAAGGAGCAAAUAGAGAAAUACAGGCUGCAACAUCAAUUAAGGAGGGAAAUGGAGAUUCAAACGAGUCUUCGGCACCCAAAUGUGCUGAGGCUGUACGGCUGGUUCCAUGAUGAGGAGCGGAUUUACUUGAUUUUGGAGUAUGCUCACGGCGGUGAGCUAUACAGGGAACUUAGGAAAACCGGUCGCCUGCCUGAGGAACAAGCUGCCAUAUAUAUUGCAAGUCUCACACAAGCACUCGCGUACUGUCAUGAGAAGCAUGUCAUCCACAGGGACAUAAAGCCGGAAAACCUGUUACUUGAUCAUGAGGGCCGCUUGAAGAUUGCAGACUUUGGGUGGUCUGUACAAUCAAGAAGCAAGAGACAUACAAUGUGCGGAACUCUGGACUAUCUAGCACCAGAAAUGGUGGAGAACAAAGCUCAUGAUUAUGCAGUUGACAAUUGGACUCUAGGGAUCCUCUGCUACGAGUUUUUAUACGGUGUGCCUCCAUUUGAGGCCGAGAGACAGACCGACACAUUCAGAAGAAUUAUGAAGGUAGACCUCAGCUUCCCUUCAACACCUGAUGUAUCUGCUGAAGCUAAGAAUCUCAUUAGCCAGCUUCUUGUGAAGGACUCUUCAAAAAGGCUUUCUCUUCAAAAGAUCAUGGAGCACCCUUGGAUAAUUAAGAAUGUCACAUGACACUAUAAUCUGAGUCGCUUCGCCAAUUUGCAUCAUUUAGUUAAAGCGCCCUGUCUAGUGAAACUGUGGAAGUAACUGAUAACAUGAUGUUUGUUUUUUCACCUGCUGGUGUUUCAACAGUUUUGCUAUUACAUAUGUAAAUGUAAUCAUCUUGAUUUCAAUAGUUUGUAUCAGAUGGAGUGUGAAGCUAUGUUGGUGGACA